AUGACGGGUAACUUAAAUUUUGGACCAUUCGGAGGUCCUUCAUCGGUGAUCACGAAAGUAUUGGCUCGAAAUAAAAACUUUGUGUCUCGCAAGCUGCUGGAAGUUACAGAAAAAGACCGUCGACCUAAUUUUAAUAGAGACAAGGGUUUGGCUCUGCCACCUACUUGGAAACCAGUGUUACAAAACGCAUCUCGCAAUAAGACCCACAGUGCCGAUGAUCACGUAGUGGACGUUGUGAGUACAGUUUGUGCAGCUGUGGACACCAAUAGUAAAAUAAUGUCAGUGAUACCGUGCUCGUCAUCACCAUCGGCGCACCCAGAGUCCCCCCCUGUCCAACCGCGCUCUACGAGUACAAGUCCGCAGUGUCGAUCAGCAAGCAUGGAUGAACAUAGAGAAGCGCGCUUGCAAUUGCAAGAUGUACUUAAAGAAGUAUUAAAGCGGAAGUAUCUGAAACCAAAGAACUUUUGGAAGCUGAACAUGCAAGACGAAAAAUAUGGGUUCGAAAAUGGAUUAAUAGAAGACCCAUUCAUGGUGCAAGCUUAUGGCUUUACAAUUGUUAUGUCUUCGGUCCACUUUGCCAUUAUCUGUACAACAAUAACACAAGCUUUCAACGCUAAACACAAACUGCCUGUCCAGACCAGUGAGGGGGAAAGGAGGGCGCGCAGGACGUGGCUACUCGCACUUCACUCGCAAAAAUAUAGAACACGCUUCUAA